AUGUCAUCAAGUAAAAGCGACAGCGAUGAUGUUCCACUGAUGACUAUCCGAAGUUCGAAACGUCCAAAGUUGGCUGAUUCGGAUGCCACUCCAUCACCAACAAAGAAUGGUACUGCGAAAAGAGCACGUUUGGAAAGCCCGAGAAAAGGCAACAACACGGCAGAUAAAAGUGACAAUUCGGAAAAGGAUUCAGAGGACGAGAAACUGGAGGAAGUGGCCAAAAAAAGGACGACAAGUCCCGUAAAGAAACCAAAGGCAUCUACACCGAAAAAAGCAAAAAUAAGACCCUCGAAGAAAGACGAAAAACUGAAUUCAAAGAAAAAUUUGUCGACUUCAGAUGCCAACAGCGAUGAUAGUAGCAAUGAAGAUGAUGACGACAGACCACUGCGGAUUAAUGCAAACGCAAAGGUGAAAGAUUCGCCCCGGAAAGUUUCCAAAUCAAAGAGUAACAACGAUCAGAAAGAAUCACCGAAAAAAAUCAAAUCCAAAGAAUUGAUAUCAGAUGAAUCCGAGUCGAGCGGUGUUGACGAUAGCAACGAUGUUGUUGGCAGUGAUUCGAAUAAACAGCAUUCAACAAAAAGCAGUAAUGAAAGUGAUGAUAAUUCAAACUCGUUGACAAAAGAAGAAAUGAAAGGAAGACUGGCAACCAUGUUGGAGACAUCCUCAUCGGACGACGAACCAGCUGAGGAAGAUACUAAAAAGAAACACAAGAAAGACUCUCGCUCGAAAGCUGACGGUAAUACAGCUGCAAAGAAAAAUGGAAAGAAGCGUCGUGCUCAAAAGUCAAAUAAAAGUUCCCUAUCAAAAGCGGAUUCUUCGUCAUCGGCGGCGAGUAGUGAUUUAGAUGAGGAUAGUAAUCAGUCUGUCGAAAAGAACGAUGAUCCAGUGGAAGAG